AUGACUGCCCCUAGUCUGCUCGACCGCCUCAACAGAGACGGCUUCGUCGUCGUGCCUUCGAUCCUCGCCGAGGAUCAACUCACGAAGCUCCGGCACGCUACUCAACAGGCCACGGCGCUGGCCCGAGCCGGCAAAUGGCCCAAUGUACGAACUCUUCCGAAGCAGUUUCCUCCGUGGCCAACUGCCACGCCAGAAGCACCACCCCAGGGCAUCUGGGGCGUGCAGAGCAUGAUGCACCCUGAUAUGCCCAAUAGCGACAUCUUUGUCCAGACCUACUUCUCGGAUGCCGUCAUCGAGCCUACCAAACAGCUUCUGCAAUGCAGCGACAACGAUCUCGUAAUGGAACUGUUCAACCUGCUUGUCCGGCCGGACCAAGACUUCGAGCUCCGGUGGCACAGAGACGACAUUCCGGCGACGGCCACCCCGGAACAAGAGCUGGACCGGCUCAAUAAGCCGGCGUAUUCGGCACAAUGGAAUCUAGCUCUUUACGACGAUAACAGCCUCAUUGUCGUCCCGGGUUCGCACACCAGGGCCAGAACAGACGUGGAGCGCAACGCGGAUCCGUAUGAGAAGGAAAUCCCGAACAAACUGCUCGUCGAGCUGAAGGCGGGCGACAUUGUCUUCUACAACAACAAUAUCCUGCACCGCGGCGCGUAUGUCGCCAACAAGGAACGCAUGACGCUGCACGGAAGCGCGGGUCACGUCAAGGGCAGCAGCCUCCGAGCACGCAACGUGCUCCAACACGGGCUAAAGGAUUGGGUGGACAGGGUCGACCUGGGUGCGCUGGGCGAGAGGGAGAGGGCGAGGGCCAAGAACAUGCGGAGAAUGCUGGUCGAGAUGGGACAGGAAGCGGGGGAAGUGGGAUACUCUCUUGAGGGGUAA